AUGACGAAGCGCUUGCAGUCUUUAUUCAAUGUUCGAGGGCAGCCAACCAAUUUAUGGCAUCUAUUUGCUACUCCGCCAUAUCCUACCAAUUUACUCUCUGGGAGAAACGUCGCCACUACCCGUCGUAGAAUGGACUCUAUUACUCCCUACGCAUCCCCCAAAACAUAUGCUCCAGUUGAAUAUAUGCCCCUUGAGGAUAUAGAAAAGCCUGGGCGUUAUCGUCCCGGAGGAUAUCACCCCAUAGCUAUUGGGGACCAUCUUAGUGGCCGUUACGAUGUCGUUCAUAAGCUUGGCUUUGGUGCGUACUCGACAACUUGGUUGGCAAGGGAUAGGAAUACGGAAAAGUAUGUAGCCGUCAAGAUUGCAAUUGCCGAAGCAGAUAUGCAAGAGAGUACAAUCCUCAACAACCUGGCACACUUGGAACCAAGGGGUGAGAGACAUCCUGGACAAGCUCUAAUCCCUCGAGUAUUGGAUACGUUUUCCCUUGAUGGGCCUAAUGGAAGGCACAGAUGCCUUGUUGCGGAGCCUGGUAUGAUGACUAUAGCUGAGGCGAAAGAUGCAUCCUAUACCAGACUUUCCAAAUUGCCAGUCGCGAAGGCCAUUAUGGCCCAAGUCAUACAAGCUGUCGCUUUCCUACAUCACCAAGGGGUAGUUCAUGCCGACCUCCAUACGGGGAACAUAAUGUUUCGCUUUCCAAACAGCAUAGACGAGCUAUCCCCUGGAGAAUUAUACCAAAAAUACGGUCAGCCUAACAUCGAGCCAUUUGUGCGCCUUGAUGGCAAGCCACUCUCCGACGGCGUUCCUACUCACGGUGUUGUGCCCAUUUGGCUAGGGAAAGAAAGCGAGCUUGUGACCCUCUCUGAAGCCAAAAUUUUUAUCAAUGACUUUGGAGAGUCAUUUCUGCCAUCUAUUACUCAACGUAACUAUUCUAAUACACCCGGCAUCCUUGCUCCCCCGGAGACCUACUUUUUGCUCCAUGAACCGUUGUCAUUUCCCUCUGAUGUAUGGACUCUCGCAUGUACUCUCUGGGAUAUCAUUGGACAAAGGCCGCUGUUCGAGGGUUUUGAUCCGUCCAGCGACUGGAUGAUAAAGGAGCACGUGGACGCACUUGGCAAGUUGCCGUGCGAUUGGUGGCAUCGGUGGGACGCACGAGGGAGAUGGUUUACGGAAGAGGCCAAGAGAACGUCCGAGAGAGCAGGCAGAUCAUUGGUUAACCGCUUCGUUGAUUCUAUACAGGAGCCACGGCGCGAAAGCGCAAUGGAGGAUGUUGGGGAAGCCGAGACGCAUGCCCUACUUACUAUGUUAAGGGGAAUGCUGGCCUUUAGGCCGAAUGAAAGGCUUACUUCUACAGAAGUCAUGGAGUCUGAAUGGAUGCUGAGAUGGGCUCUGCCAGAACUCGGAAAAGUAGCUGCAUAA